AUGAGAUUCAGAAAGUCUAUGAUAAUAGUAUUGGUGAUUGCUUCGAUAAUAUCGUUGUAUCUUGGACUCGCGAACAUCACCAUCAAAUUUGAUAAAUUUGUCCAUUUUUCGGUAUUCUUUUUAAUGACAUUGAUCUUCUAUUACUGCUUUGAAACCAAAAAUGCCAAUCAGUUGAGGUUGAUGACGUUUAUGGUGUGCACUCUAUGUGGGGGCAUUGGUUCGGAGUUCUUGCAAAGCAUCAUGCCAUACCGGACAUUUGACUAUAAGGAUAUUGUUAUGAACAUCAGUGGAUCGAGUUUGGGGAUCUUGGUCAGCGACUUGUAUUCUCGGUAUAUUGUUAGAAGAAGAAGAUUGAAGAGGCUCGAGAUCAUCAAGAGUAUCGGGGACGAAGGUGAAACCUUGGCUGAAAAUUACAAUCGAAGUAGUGGCACGUAUUCUGAUUUUGAUACCAGUGCGAGAAGUAGUAUGAGUGGCUAUUACGAUGGUACAGAUGCCGACGACAGUAAUACCUACAGCGAUUACUAUGCCGAUGAUUUAGAAAACCAGAUAGAAGGUACUGGCAUACAAACUAGAGGUAGGAGAGACACCACCAGCAUUGAAUUGAAGAAUAUUGCUCCGAUCUCCUUGAACGAUUUGGGAGAAGAAAUGGUGUGA